GUCAUUGAGAUGGCAAGCAAGAUAGUUCUGUUGCUCGUCGCGUGCGUCGGCGCACACGCUGAUUAUAGAAGCGAUGGAGGAUUUCUCCCCAGUCCCACGUAUCAACGAACUGAAGACCAGUUGGCGGAGCCAGCAGCAAGGAUAGAAAGGAGUCGCGAUGAUCGAGAUAACCAAGCGGAUAAGUCGCAGAGAUUCGGGAUAUCUACUUACGGAGCCACGGGUCCAUACGGUGCUACAGCUCCCGGCAUAUACGGACCUCUGAAGAUAGACCUCGGUGGUGUGCUAUUGGGCUCCAUCAUCGGGUUUGGCGCUGUGGUAGUUCUACCAAAAAUAAUACACGCUUUCUCCUACGGCUAUGGGGGUUACGGUCGCAGUGCAGAAUCAGAUCUCAGCUCCAUAUCUGACCUGUUAGGACAGUUCGACGAAACCCUGAGUCGUUACAACGUAGAUUCUGCGUCCUGCAUGCAGCGCCUCGCCUGCUCGUACGUUCAACUCGCUAACGAGAAUAUGGUCACUGGAAACGCUACUGAUUUUGAUGUCAUGCUGUCUUCUGUGGCUAGAAACUCUCUAGUGCGCCGUUUAUUCGACGGUACAUCAGUCUACGAUGCAAUAUCAGCAGGCCGGUCGUUGGACACAGACUGCGAACAACGAUACUCAAAGUGUAAACUAGAUAGGACCACUGUUGUUAAGAUAAUCACACAAAUUGUACCAUCGUAGUUAUUUUAUUUGUAAUAAUGUUAUGAUUUUUUUACUGUUUAUAUAUUUUGUAGUCUGUGGCAGUUUUCUGAGAUACUGCCAAUUGAAGUCGUAGUUACCUAAGCAUAAAAAUUCUUUGGAUAUUAACAUCCUAGUUAAAGUAAUUUUAUUCAACACUAUAAAGUUUUGCAAUAAACAGUUAUAAAAACUUAUUAAGCAUUUAGAAAAGAUUAGAAAGAAAGAUCUUUCGACACUAUAAAGUAAAGAGAGAUAAUUGAGGAAUAUUUACAUAAUAUAAUACAAAUACCAAUACAGUUUUGAUUAUUUAGCAGCAGUGCGGCACAAUAAAGUACCUCUGUUUAAGCUGAAUAAAUUUUUACUUUUA